UGGAUUGAAUUUAAAUUGAAGAAAAGUAAAUGUUUUCAUGAUUUUUGUUUGUGCUAUCUGAAAUUUGCUUUAAUUUCAAAACUUCCGGUUUAAAAAAGCAUGGACAAAUUAAUUAUCAAGAUUAAAGACUCUAUUUCAAAGGAUCGGGUCCAAUAUAAUGCAUGCAGAAAAAGAGUUGAAUGAUGGUAUUACGAAGACACCAAUUGAGUUUCUUCAGGGAGAUAAAUGUGUGAAGAUAUGUGCUCCUAUGGUCCGAUAUUCAAAAUUAGCAUUUAGGAGCUUAGUGAGAAAGUAUGACUGUGAUGUCUGCUUUACACCAAUGAUUGUUGCAGAUUCCUUUGUUAAAUCAUUGAAGGCCAGAGAUUCAGAGUUCACAACAAAUUCAGGCGAUCGCCCAUUAAUUGUACAGUUUGCUGCCAGAAAUGCUGAGGAUUUUGCAGCUGCAUCAGAGAUUGUUCAACAAUUUGCUGAUGGAGUUGACUUGAACUGUGGCUGUCCUCAGAGAUGGGCAAUGUCAGAAGGCUAUGGAGCCUGCCUCAUUAAAAAGCCAGAUCUCCUUACUGAUAUGGUUGCACAGACAAGGGCACGCAUACAAGACCCAGACUUCUCUGUAUCUAUUAAAAUCAGAAUACAAAAUAAUGAAAGGCAAACAGUCGAGCUUUGUCAAAGAGCUGAACAUGCUGGUGUUUCCUGGAUUGCAGUACAUGGCCGUACUCCUGCAGAGCGCACACAGCCGGUCAAUUAUGACAUCAUGAAGCUCAUCCAAUCAAGUGUUUCUGUACCAGUUGUUGCUAAUGGAGAUAUCAAAAGUCUUCAGGAUGUCAAAGACAUUAGUGAAAGAACUGGAGUGAAAGGUGUUAUGUGUGCCAGGGGUAUUCUUCAAAACCCAGCCAUGUUUGCAGGAUACAAUACAACACCUAAAGAGUGCAUCAAACAAUGGAUUGAACUAUCGUUGUCAUAUGGAACAUCAUUCCAGUGUUUCCACAACCACUUAAUCUACAUGCUAGAAGAUAUCAUACCUAAAUCAGAAAGACUUACGUUCAACAGUCUUACUAGUGUACCAGCAGUAAUUAGCUUUCUUAACCAGAUGUAUGAUAUAUGA